AUGCUAUUUGGGUUUUCAGAUGUAGUAUUCUUGCCAAACCUAAAGGACACCCAUGCAGCCAGCAAGGCAAGAGAUACACGGAGGACCACGGGCCUCAGGCGCCACACCACAAAAGCCAAGACGCUGCUGCACAAAGACACCAAACACAAAGCGAGCACUCGCACGCUGGCCCCUGGAGGCCAGCUGUUCAACUACCACAAGCAACGCGCGUCUCCCGAGGACGGCCACCACUACCUCACCGGUCCACUCACAACCGAGGCAAAAUUCUUUCCGCACGGCAGUCUCCUCCUGGGGGUUGCGGGCUCCCCCUGGCGCAGCCCAGCGCAAGACAAAACAAAAACACCUAUUGCCCGGGGGGAAUGA